GUGGUGCUGCGGCUUCCACGUGCACGCAGCUCUGCCUUUCUGGUGUGCUGUUCUUCAUGCUGCUGCUGCUGCUCUUGCGGCUGCUGCGGCUCCUGCUGCGGCUGCUGCGGCUCCUGUUGCCGGCGCUGACGCUCCUGCUGCUGCGCCCGCCCCUGCUCCUGCUGCUGGGGCCGCUCCUGCUCCUGCUGCUCCUCCACCUGCUGCGCCUGCUCCUGCUGCUGCAGCGUCUGCUGCAGCGUCUGCUGCUGCUGCUGCUCUCGCUGCUACAGCCGCUGUUCCUGCUCCUGUUGCCAAUGGUGGUGAAGAAGUUCUGGAAGAAAGGAAAAGAAAGUGCGAUUCAUACAUGGCGAUGGACAGUAACAGGGUUCAGUCUCUUCUACGCCAACGUACGCGUCUCUUAUCAACUGUUGAAAAAGAAGAUUGGGCACCCUCUUCGGUAUAACGAGCACAAAUUGUUGGUGCGCACCACAGCAGACGCUUUGAAGCUAAUUCCUUUCUCCUUGAUGAUUGUUAUACCUCUCGGAGAGCUGCUCCUGCCUGUAAUGCUGCGACUUUUUCCUAACAUGCUGCCUAGCACAUUCUUCGAGAAGCAAGUAGAUAAUGCGUAUCUCAGUCGAAAGCUAAAGGCGAAGCAAGAACUUGCUGCAUUCUUCCAGGAGCUUGUGAGGGAACACAAGCACAUUAUCGAGCAUGAAUCGAAUGAUGCACUGAAGGACAGGGCGAAGGCGCUUCGCGAAUUUCAGGAACUGCUGCGGAAAGAUCAGAAAGACGUCAAUCCUUUUCUUUCUCUCAAAGAUAUCCUUUCUUUUGCCAAGCUCUUCAAACAAGAAUUCGUCCUCGAGAAGCUUGAUCUACAGACAUUGCAGGUGAUGUGCAAGCUUCUGGGCAUUGAGCCUUACAGCUUACAGAGCCACGUCAUACUACAACUCAGAUACCAUCUGAAUAACAUCCAGCGAGAAGACCGAGAAUUCAUGUGGGAAGGGGUGGAGACGCUAUCUCAUGACGAACUUGUUGAGGCAUGCAAAGACAGGGCUAUGAUGUUUCACAAUAUUCCUGACGAAGAUAUGAGAGAGCAGAUGCGGCAAUGGCUAGAGAUUUCCUCGCACAAAGAUAUUCCUCCGUUGCUGCUGCUGUGGUGUCGCUGCAUCACUUUAACACAUCGCCCCAUUCCUCCUCCUGCUCAGCAGCAGCAACAACGACGGCAGCUACAGGAGGAGGAACAGCAGCAGCUGCUGACUCGGCUGCUGCUGGUGCCGCGGCUUCCUUUGCCGGACAGCUGCGGCAGCAGCAGCGAGACGCAGCAGCAGCAGGAGGAGAAGGAGCAGGAGGUGGACAGCUUCCUGACUAUCACAUUACUACUCCGAUCACAGAUGUCAGCAGAGCAGCUACCGCAGCAGCAGCAGAGGAAGGCAGCACGGCAGCAGCAGCAGCGCUUCCGGUGCAGCAACAGGAGGAAGCAGCAGCAAAGCGAGACGACGAGGAGGAUGCUGAAGACGAAAAUGAAAAAAUGA